AUGAGCGUAAUCGAUAUUCUGUUCAGGCUGGAUGACAUCAGCAAAAAGUACGAAAAAUACGAUGUCGAAAAGCAGCGCUCCGUCAAUGGUUCCUCCGACGACGCCUUCGCUCGCCUCUACUCCUCGUUCGAAUCCCAAAUUGAAGCCACUCUCAUGAAAUCGGAGGUGGCGGCGGUUGAGACAAACAGGGCAACUAUGGUGGCGAUGAAUGCGGAGGUGCGGCGGACCAAAGCCAGGCUUAUGGAUGAGGUGCCUAAGUUGCAGAAACUUGCUCAGAAAAAGGUGAAAGGCCUUACUAAAGAAGAACUGGAAGCUCGAGUUGACCUUGUUCUCACACUUCCCGAGAGAAUUCAAGCAAUAUCAGACGGCAGUAGUAAACAAACUCAAGGAUGGGGCGCUUCAUCUUCUCAUAAGAAAAUAACGUUUGAUUCUGAUGGGAAGUUUGAUGACGAUUUCUUCCAACAUAGUGAAGAAGCAACUCAAUUUAAGCAAGAAUUCGAGAUGCGGAAAAUGAAGCAGGACGAAGGUCUGGACGUAAUAUCGGAUGGUUUGGAUAUAUUAAAGAAUUUGGCAAAGGAUAUGAAUGAGGAAUUGGAUAGGCAGGUCCCGUUGAUGGAUGAAAUGGAUACAAAGGUGGAUAAGGCUUCAAGUGAUCUGAGACGUAAUAACGUUAGAUUGAAGGAAACACUUCAUAAUGUGAGGUCGAGUCAGAACUUCUGCAUUGAUAUCACUCUGAUGUGUAUUUUUCUGGGAAUUGUAACCUAUUUAUACAAAAUAUUGAGCUGAACGCUUUCGAAAGAUUCCAUGCAUCACCUUGUUUUUCGUGAUCUCGAGUUUGCCUUGUAGUACAGUCACUUUCUUUCCUCGAGUAAAAUAUAUGUUCAUUCAAACGUUACUUUAUCUAGAUUGUAUUAUGUGAAGUAAUUAUUAAGCUUAUUUAAUGUAUUCGUAUUUUUAGUAGUAACUCAUUCCGGAAGUUUCUCAAGCUCCCACACACGUACGAGUCCUUAUUUGGUUAGUAAGAUAAGUCACGAUCAAUUAAAUAAUUCGAACUUAUUUGAUGCU